AGAGAUUCAUUAAGAAGAAAAGAAUGGCCUCUGGUGGUGGGAUUUGAUGAUUUGAAGACUCUAGGAUAAUUGUUUGUGAGAGUAUCCACGGCGUCAUCGUCCAACAAAAACCCGCAGAAAGUCAGACGAGAAGGCCGUGGACUGCUACUCUUCAAACAUUUUAUCUCAAACCUAAAAGCAAAAAGAUCUCACCGCUUCGCCGUGUUUGGAAAUUGAAACGGCGGAGAAAGAUUGACAAUCAUAUUUAUAUAUAUACAUAGGUAGAGAUACAGAGUGGAUUGUUUAAUCUGUAACUGUUUAUUAUAAAAGAUUGAGAGGAGAGCUAAACAGAGGGAGGCGUUGCUUGUUAGUCAAUGUUGAAGGAGGUGGAGAAGCGGGGAAUGCGACUUGGUAAGUACGAGCUCGGACGCACUCUCGGCGAAGGGAAUUUCGGCAAGGUCAAAUUUGCCAGGAAUAUUGAAUCCGGUCAAGGAUUUGCAGUUAAGAUCUUGGAGAAAAACAGGAUCUUCGAACUUAAAAUCAGCGAUCAGAUAAAAAGAGAGAUCCGUACUUUGAAGCUUCUAAAACAUCCCAAUGUCGUCAGAUUACACGAGGUUUUAGCAAGCAAAACCAAGAUUUACAUGGUCCUUGAAUAUGUUAACGGUGGUGAAUUAUUUGACAGAAUUGCAUCAAAAGGGAGGCUCCCAGAAGUUGAAGGACGGAAACUCUUUCAGCAAUUAAUUGAUGGUGUAAGCUACUGUCAUGACAAAGGUGUAUUCCAUAGGGAUCUGAAGCCGGAGAAUGUCCUUAUUGAUGCAAAAGGAGACAUAAAGAUAUCUGAUUUUGGGCUCAGUGCUUUACCUCAACAUUUUAGGGAUGAUGGAUUACUACAUACAACCUGCGGAAGUCCUAAUUAUGUUGCACCAGAGGUUCUUGCUAAUAGAGGAUAUCAUGGUGCCACAUCUGAUCUAUGGUCAUGUGGUGUUAUCUUAUAUGUGAUUUUGACAGGUCAUCUCCCUUUUGACGAUCGAAAUCUCGCAGUUCUGUAUCAGAAGAUCUUCAAGGGAGAUGUACAGAUGCCCAAAUGGCUCUCAAAAGGUGCUAGAAACUUGAUAAAGAGGAUUCUUGAUCCUAAUCCAAAUACUAGGAUAACUGUGGCUGAGAUAAAGUCAGAUGAGUGGUUCAAACAAGAUUAUAUUCCCACUAUUCCUGAUGAUGAAGAUGAAAACUUCCACAUUGAUAAUGAUGCCUUCUCAAUCCAUGGGGUGACACCAGAGGUGGAGAAAGAUCCUGGUCAACCAGCUCUAAUCAAUGCUUUUCAGCUGAUUGGAAUGUCAUCAUGCCUUGACCUCUCUGGCUUCUUUGAAAAAGAGGAGGCUUCUGAGAGAAAAAUAAGGUUCACAUCCAAUUAUUCACCAAAAGAAUUAUGUAAGAAGAUUGAGGAUGUUGUCACAGGUAUGGGAUUCAGAGUCCAGAAUAAAAAUGGAAAGCUUAAGGUGAUGCAAGAGCACACUGGGCAGAUAAGACCUGGUAAUCUUUCUGUCGCUGCGGAGGUUUUUGAGAUAAGUGCAUCUCUAUAUGUAGUAGAGUUAAGAAAAUCAUAUGGAGAUCCAUCGUUGUAUAGACAGUUGUGUGCAAGACUAUCUAAUGACUUGGGAGUCUCUCGAAGCCAAGAGUUUUUGACAUCACAAGUGUGAAUGUGCGACUAGUCAUUGAGCAGCAUCGAUGGGAAAAAGCUAGCAGGAGGUGCAAUAUAAUUUGUUACUUCUAAAAGUGAAAUAAAGAAACAUAUUUUUUGUAUGUUUUAUUCAUCCCCACAUUUAAAUUGUACAGAAAUAAAUUUUCUAUAGUAUUUAUCAUUUUAGCACCCUUUCAAAUCUUUAAAAGGGCAAGGAAUACAAAAU